AUGCUCAGCCGCACCCUCACCAUCAUUCUCGUCGUCACCCUCGUCAUCCUGGCCCAGGCCUCGGCCUCGGCCCCGUCGUACGUGGGCAAGAUCCUCGUCUCGUCCUCGGGCUCCUUUGCCCGCUUCCGGGUCCAGUACAACGCCGGCAACCCGAACCGCAACGUCAUGUACAUGGCCGGAUCAACCAUUGUGGCCGUCUCGCCCUCUUCACCGACCCAGUACUCGUCGUACUCGCUGCCGGCGGGGACGGACUCGCCCGUCGGCAUCUUCCUCUACGGAUCGGUGGGCGGAUACGUGGCCAUCACGCCGCAGCCAGACAAGCUGGUUGUCCUCAACUGCGCGCAGCCGUCGAACCCGUACGGCGGGUCGUGCUCACUGACGCAGGCCGCGUCGAUCACGCUCCCGGUCGCCGCGUCGACAGAGUGGGUCGACAUCGGAAUCGGCUUCACCCGGGCCGGUGAGCGCUACCUCUAUCUCGUCUCGUCCAACAGGACGAUUGCAGUCGUCGACGCCCCACCCGGCGCUCCGGCCGCGCACUGGUCGGUCGUCCGCGUGGUGACCAUCGCAUCAGCCGUAACCGCCCACUAUCCAUAUGUGGUCGGACUGGAAGGCGGCGAUAACAUGGACAUGGUCUUUGUCUCGCUUGCGGCGGCAGACCCGAGGUCGGCCUCCGGUGGCGAUCCCGGCGUCAUCCUCACUCUCGACGCACGCACCUCGGCCGUCACCCAUACCACUUUUGUCUCGCGCCCGGCGUUCACUUCCACCUCGGGCGGCUCCGCUGACCUCGUUGCUGUUGUCGGCGCACUCGACAACUCAACCGCCAUUGCCCACGCCUUCUCCGACGUAUCCUUCCCGCAUGGCUACCAAACCACCUGGCCCAGUGCCGGCCCCAUCGCCGCCGGCUGCACCGUCGACGGCGCCGUCACAGCCUUCUCCAUGCCGUUGUACGUCGUGGCCAGCCUCGGUGGGUCGGGCCUCUCGCUUCGCCGCGUCGCGCCGGUCGCCGGCACCGUCUCGCCCUCGGCAUCGUCCCCCGACACUGCCGCCUACGGCAUCGGCUGCUACGCUGCCGUCGACUCGCUCUCAGGUGGCGAGAACACGUGGAUCCCGGCCAUCGCGAGCGGCACCAAUGUCGUCCUUGUCUAUGCUUCGCCGCCCAGCCUUGUGCCCACCAAGCGCACACCCGCCAAGCAUGCGCUCGCCCGCGUGCGCUCGACCGCCGUCGGCAGCUCAGCCCCAGGCUGUGUCGAUCCCGACAUGGGCACGACCUGCCUCGAGGCCUGUGAUCCACUGCCAGCCGUCAUCUGCUCCCCCAUCGACCCCGGCCCAUCCACCGUCGACGGCCGCCCUGCCGCCUGCUUCCUCCUUCCGUCCCAUCCCGACUCGUGCAACUUUUGCCCGCCGGCUUGGGCCCAGUACUGCCCCUAG